AUGGCCACAUGGAACCUGUACUUUGUAUUUCAGGGACAGCUGACAUUCCGGGAUGUAGCCAUAGACUUCACUCAAGAGGAGUGGGAAUGCCUGGACCUCGGUCAGCGAGAAUUGUACAGGGAUGUGAUGUUAGAGAACUACAGGAACCUGGCCUCCUUGGGUGCUGUGAUCUCUAAGCCAGACCCGGUCACCUUUUUGGAGCAAAGAAAGUUUCCUUGGAAUGGAGGGAGAAUGGAGAGAAUAGCCACACACCCAGGUAGUUGUGAAUGGAUGGAGCCGAUGACUCAGAUCCUGUUCUCCAUUGUCUCUAUCCUGGCUCUCUAUAGAACAUGA